CAUCAACGUUGCCUGCCAAUCGAUGUCCUUGCAGACAUACGAAAUGGGAUGCUAGCUUCGAUUGACAGUCUCGUAGUCCGCUGCAUUGCAUGAGCAGGAGGGACUCCGCAAAGGCCUGCAGCCUAGCAUUGUCAUUGUCCAAACUUGGCUCAACCAACCUGGAGUCGGGGAUAGUUUCGAACACCUCUUUGGCCCAAGUUUUCAUAAUGGAUGAAGAUGGUUUCCGAGACUUUCUGCCCACCUCUUUUGGUGGCGGGGCCGCAGACUUCGACCCGGAGGCUCAGAUGGAAAAGGCCAGGCGGAAAGUAGCUGGGUCGGUGGAGGCGAAAGCUGCCAAAACAGCAAGCUCGACAGGGGAGAACGAUUCAGACGACAAUGAUUCUGAUGAAGACUCGGAAGACGAAGACGAGGACGAAUAUCCUACAUCCCAUGAGAUCGUCUUCAAAACUCAUGACCGUCCAGUCACCACAAUCACCGUGGAUCCCUCUGGCUCGCGGAUGAUUACAGGCUCAACAGAUUGCACCAUCAAAUUGCAUGACUUUGCGACCAUGACACCAAAUACCCUCCGAGCUUUCAAAUCAGUUGAUCCGACAGCAACCAAGUCUUCAGCAAACUCAGAAACCCAUCCCGUUCAUGUCGCGAAAUUCAACCCAAUUUCACCCAGCCAGGUUCUUGUCAUAUCAGCCACACCACAGGCGAAGAUCUUAUCCCGAGAUGGCGAGACAAUCACCGAGUUCGUCAAGGGUGACAUGUAUCUUCGGGAUAUGAACAUGACGAAAGGGCACAUCAGUGAGAUCACCAGCGGCACAUGGCACCCUCACGUGCCAGACCUCUGUGUGACUGCCGGCACCGAUAGCACUCUUCGCAUUUGGGACGUCAACGUGCGCAACAAGCAGAAAGAAGUCAUUGUGCACAAAUCGAAGCUUGCAGGUGCAGCAGGUCGGAGCCGAAUGACUGCUGUGGCCUGGGGAAGUCAAGUCGGAAGUGACAACAGCCUUCUUGUGGCUGCAGCGCUUGACGGCUCUCUAUUGAUGUGGGGUGGAGAAGGACCAUAUCACAGGCCGAGUGCCGAGAUCAGUCAGGCUCACUCAAGCAACACUUGGACAAGCGGGAUCGACAUAAGCUCGGAUGGCCGAUUAGUCGUCACCAGAGGCGGUGAUGAUACCAUCAAACUCUGGGACACGCGCAAGUUCAAGCAGCCAGUCAACACCACAUCUCACAUUUCUACAUCUGCGCAGUAUCCCACAUCGAACAUCAUGUUUGCGCCGGGCAACUCAUCCUCCAUCAUCACAGGCUCGGAAACAGGAGACCUUUACAUCCUGAACCCGGCAACCCUCAAGCCAGAGCUGGUCACACCCAUAACUCCUGGAUCGCCACUCGUCAGCGUCCUAUGGCACGACAAGCUCAACCAAAUUAUCACGGGAAGUGCCAACGCCGAGACGCAUGUCCUCUUCAACCCCAAGAUUUCCACCAAAGGAGCCGUCAUGGUCAUGGCCAAGCCACCCAAACGCCGACACAUCGAUGACGACCCCAGCUUUACCACCGAUCUGUCACAAGGUGUUUCUGGGGAUGCCAUCAUCAACCCGGCCACGAGCAGUGAACCCAUCAAAGGCAGCACUUUUGCAUCCCGACAUCCAACCAUCGGCCUUACCGCGUCAGGCAAGUCGAGAGAUCCGAGAAGACCUCACAUGCCGGAAACCACGCCCUUUUCAAGGAAUCAGCCCGACGAGAAGCAUAUCCGCGAGAGCAUCCCUCUGAGCACGAUGAGGGAAGAGGAUCCUCGAGCGGCCCUGCUCAAGUACGCCGACAAGGCCGAGAAAGACCCUAUGUUCACAAGAGCCUGGGGCAAGACGCAGCCGAAGACCAUCUAUGCCGACCUCAGCGACGAGGAAGACGACGACGGACCGCAGACAAAGAAACAGAAGACUUGAAAAGAAUCGCUUUUGAUUGUAUAUCUCCUCGUCUCCGAAUUCGCGAUACAGCACAUUGCGCCGCGAGAGGAUUGUACCCAAAAAACACCAUCAUCAAAACUGACUUUCUUGUCGUCGGAUGAAGUUUCAUGGCUCGUAUAUGCGUUCGUCCACAUUUACCUGAUACCCAAGAGCGGGAAACAAAGCGCUCGGCUUGCUGAAAAACUCUGUUUGUACAUGCCCCUGGCGUCGGCCCAAGGCAGAAAAAUAUCAAAUACAUUAUAAAUCCCUUCGACGUGCGUCAGAAUGUGGGCGCUCAGCUCCCGCAUUUUCCAAUCAAACCUCUUUCUCAGGCACACCGGUAAUGGCCUCCUUGAUGCCCUUCUUGGUCGGGUGAACGACUCUUUUGAGUCCCAUCCAGGGUGUGUUCAUGGGUGAUUCACCCGUGUAUAUGAAAGUGUCGUACAAGAAUCCUCCGAACGUGCAUCCAAUAAAGGGCGCAAUCAUGGGAAUCUGCCAAGUGCCAACCUUGUUAGUAACACUCACAGACAAUCCUUUCGACUCGAAGCCACAGAGCAGCGAAGAGACAUACCCAAAAGUAAUAACCUCCGGCACUCCACACCUCAUUUCCAUAACCGACGAAAUAGGUGAACAAUCUCGGUCCGAAAUCUCGGGCCAGAUUAAUCGCGUAGCCGGUUUCCCAGCCGAGCGUGGCGCCGAUGCCGAAGAUCAAGAAGAACAGCCCCAGAGGGACCAUGUUGCCGGCGCCGAGAUUCGCGUCGUCCUUAAGCGCGAAAAUGACAAACACAAGAACCGUGCUCGAGACGAUUUCGCUGAAGAACUGGCCCGUCUUGGUCAGGAAGGGUUGCGGG